AUGCAAACUAGAAAUUGGGAUAACAAGAAACAUUCCCACAAUAGUCAUUAACAAAAAGAUGAUUUAAAUAAACAAAAAAGUGUCCAGUAGCUUUCUGAUAAUAACAGAAAUUUUUUCUCUAAUUUUUUAACCUUUUACGAAUAAACCCAGGAUAAUUAAAUUCAAUCAAUAGAGUAUUAUGUAUUCAUAUUUAGGAGGGUCCAAGAAUAAUUGCAUGUAACAGAACUUUUUACUAAUCAAUAAAUAUUUGGCUUGUAGGAAGAAUUAUCCAAGUAAUGGGUCCAUAGGAUUAAAAAAAAUUGGUCAGAGGAGGAUAAGUAAAUUCUGAUAUGGAUAGUCUUGAAAAUCUGUUCAAGAGACUGCAUAAACAUUAGAAAAAUUCCAACUAAAGUAUGGGAGGAAGUAGAGCUACUCAUGAGUAGGAGAACAAUAGAAUUGUGUAAAAAUAAAUGGAAUGACUUAUUGAAAUUAUCUUUGUAAUAAACACCUUGGACAUAAGAGUAAGAUGAAUAAUUAAUAUAAUUGAUAAAUUAAAGCAAAGAGGAUGGUAUGUAGAAUAAAUGGUGUAAAAUUGCUAAUUUAUUAAACAAACAUUUUAAAGACUCUCCAAGAACAGGGAAACAAUGUAGAGAAAGAUGGAAUAAUCAUCUGAAUCCUGAAAUAAAUAGACAUCCAUGGAAUAUAAAGGAAGAUAUAGAAUUGUUAGAACUAGUCAAAAAAAAGUAAAAGAAAUGGGCUUUGAUCUCAAAAAUCUUAAAACCAAAAAGGAGUGAAAACGCAGUAAAAAAUAGAUAUAAUUGUUUAUUGAAGAAAAAUAAUUGCUAAUCGAUCAAUGUUCUAAUGGACAUAUUAAAAAAAAAAUAUUAAUCUGAAAAUCCAGCUGUUAAUUUGUAAACAGUUAAAAAAAAUAAAUUAACACCUAUAAAUUAAAACUAAUUUUAAGUACCAGAACCCUAACAGAUUAUUAAUACCGUCAGGGAAUUCAGUAUCUAGCAAUUUGAAAUAAUUGAGACAAGCUAACUUAAAUGUCUAACACCUGCUUUUUAUGAUUCCAAAACUUAAUCCUUAUACCUUAGCAAUAAAUCAUAAUUGAUGUCCUACUUAAGCAACCAAAUGAUCAAAAUUGGAAGUGAAUAGAAUGUCUAAAAUUUUGAUCAUCACUACUAACAGCAUGACUUCUCCAAUUAAAUAAGUGGUAUUUUAAAUAUAGCGGAUUCUUCUAACUAUGCAAAGUGUAUACCAAGUGCUUUUGCACAACCAAUAUAAUAAGAAGAAAAAUCGCAAUUUAAUAUUCCAGGAGUAUAAAAUGAAUAAAUUAAUCGAGAGAAACCAAUUUUAAAUACCAAAGGCUGUUUUCAUUCAUUUUUUGCUUCAAAGUUGGCUGAUACAUAAUUACAGAUCAAAUUUAAAGUUGCUAUUGACUAAGAAGAAAAUAAUUUAUAAUUAAAUAAAUGA